AUGUUUCUAGAACUGGAUGAAGAUAGUUCAAUGAGUGGUUCAUCUACUAAAGGAAAACAUCGGGAUUCGGAUUCAAGAUCCGCUGUAAAUAAUGAACAGGAGCAAUUAAAUUUUAUGGAAUUUAUAAAAGAUUUAAUGCAAAAAGCUGAAGUAUCAAGCGCUAUAUUUCAAGAUCUUAUGGUGGCUCAGCAUGUUAAACGAGCUGAAACAGCCAAAGCCUUUUAUAAUAUUUUGG